AUGCUGCAAAGUUUGCUGUUAAAUGGAACGGCGCCGUUUUGGCAAAGACUGCAGCACCUAGUAAAGACACAAAACGACGUCGUCGAAUUUGUGCUCAUUUCAGCCCGCUACGACGUCGUCUUCCAGCUUCUUCCACCUGAGAGGGAAGGGGUGCUGAUUCUGAUGACUCUAUCGAACAAGAUGGCAUUGGCCACGGCUUCUCCAUUCCUCACUUCACUGUGUUCCGCUAUCGUACACACCCCUCACCGCAACGUCGUCACCAUGAACGACGGUGACAAUCCUAAUUAG